CACUGACGGUGGGCGGAUGAGUAAUGCAUCCAGGAAGCCUGGAGGCCUGUGGUUUCCGCACCGCUGCCACCCCCGCCCCUCGCGUGGACAUUUAUCCUCUGCCGCUCAGGCCCUGCCGCCAUCGCCGCAGACCCAGCGUCUACAGAGGCUACAUCAGAGAACCCACCAUGGCCCCCUUUGCACCACUGGCCUCCGGCAUCCUGUUGUUGCUGUAUCUGACAGCCCCCAGCAGGGCCUGUACCUGUGCCCCACCCCACCCGCAGAUGUCCUUCUGCAACUCCGACGUCGUCAUCAAGGCCAAGUUCAUAGGGACAGCAGAAGUCAACCAGACAACUUUAUAUCAGCGUUAUGAGAUCAAGACGACCAAGAUGUUCAAAGGGUUCAACGCCUUGGGGGAUGUCUCUGACAUCCGGUUCGUCUACACCCCAGCCAUGGAGAGUGUCUGUGGAUACUUCCACCGGUCUCAGAACCGAAGCCAGGAAUUUCUCAUCGCUGGACAACUGUGGAAUGGGCACCUGCAUAUCACUACCUGCAGUUUCGUGGCUCCCUGGAACAGUCUGAGCUCCGCUCAGCGUCGGGGCUUCACCAAGCUCUACACCGCUGGUUGUGAGGAAUGCACAGUGUUUCCUUGCUCAUCCAUUCCCUGCAAACUGCAGAAUAACACUCACUGCUUGUGGACAGACCAGCUGCUCACAGGCUCUGACAAGGGCUUCCAGAGCCGCCACCUUGCCUGCCUGCCACGGAAGCCAGGGAUGUGCACCUGGCAGUCCCUGCGGCUCCGGGUUGCCUGAUCCUGCCCCCAGCAGAAGCUGAAACCUGCACAGUGUUCACUCCCUUUCCUACUCCUGUCUUUCUUUUUUCAAGACAAUGAAAUAAAGACCUACCACUCAGCA